AUGCUGUUCACGACCGUACUUGCUGCUGCGUCUUCGCUUUUGGGCGUCGCCGCCGCUCCCUCUAAGCGCGCUCCUUCUGGGUUGUGCGUGCAGGGCGUGCAUGAUGUUGAGGUCCAGAGUCCAUUCGUUUUCCCUGUGGCGCGCGAGUGCUGCAACGACGUCCCAGACGGCAACAGCUUCUGGAACACAUCGAUCUGCGUCGCAGCGGUCAUCGGAUCUGGCGUCACACAACUCCUCGACUUCGCCGACUGCUACACGAACCUGACCAUCCCCCUCCCCGCGCAGGAGCCCGACCUCGACACGAACGUCUGGAGCGUGAUCACCGGCGGGCAGGACAACGCGACGUCCGCGGACCUCGUGAACUUUGUGUACUCGGAGAUCGCGGCGAAGAAGCUGUCGACGUACCCCGACUCGAGGGACUCGCUCGCGACGUACUACGUCAACAGCAUAUUCGCGUACCUCGGCGUCGACCCGAUCGAAUCGAUCAGCUACGACGGGUUCAACCAGUGGCUGCACUUGUCCGGUUACGCGAACCACUACCACGUCCAGUAG